GGUUGAAAGCCAAAAAUCUUCCUUCGUGAUCAUAUCCAGCCGUAUAUUGAUUGAUUGAUUGACUGUCGACCAUGUUGAGCAAAGAAUUCAUGAACUUUGAGUCUCCGAACGCCAUUGACGCUGGCGAUGCGCCUCCCAGCAAUCCCAACCGUCGGGGCCGUGGCCGCCACAGCGCGAAAAGCAGCAAUCAAGGUGGCUCUUCGUCGACGCGAGGACCUCGUUCCAUGUCGGAUCCAGUAAUCCAAGUGGUGCCCAAUGAGAAUCUCUUUCGUGGAGAAAAGAUCAAGAUUGUCGAUAGCAGCUCUGGCAGUGACCACAGCAGUCGCAGCGGCGGACGCAGUGCCAGUGUGGUCUCUUCUCCUGCCGGCAGUAAUGUUCGCUACACCAACAACAACGCCUUUAUGAAUUCGUAUUCGGAACAGUCCAUGUUGGAAUUUACCGAAGACGAUGGAUCCUAUGUCAAGCAUGAUCAACUCCCCUCUCCGGAGGAUGCUCGCUUGUAUGCGCAAGCCGUAUUGACGGACUCUUUCCGUCGCUACAGCACCAGCACGACUGGAAGCGACGAGGAAGAUCCCAUUGCAUUGGCAUUGGAGGAAGCCAAGCCAUUGUCGUCUUCGGCCGUCAACACUUGGCGUCGUCCUUCUCGGCGCAAGUCUUCCAAGGACAUCCGUCAAGCUGCCAUGAUGUUCAAAAGCGAGGAAGACAAGCAGAACGCUCGCCGCUCUUGCAUUUACUUGGUUCUCUCCGUCUUUUGCAGCAUUCUCAUCCUCGGCACUGCGGUCGCCUUUUUCAUCAUUGUCACCACGGCCAGUGUCAGCAAUGCCAAGGACAAUAACAGCAGCAACAGUAACAGCAACAACGAUGUCUCCACCACAACCAGCACUACAGUCGACGGAGUGACCGAUGAGAUGAUCCAAUCUCCUCGCUUUCUCAAGACCAUCGAGUGGCUGUCCGAACAUGGAAUCAGCGACAUGAAGGCUCUCACCACAGAGGGAUCGCCACAGUUCCUGGCUGCAGAAUGGAUCGCCGACACGGACAAGCUCAAAGAAGAGAUCCCUGUCACUGCCGAUAUGAGCACCCUUCAAGGCGAACAAACGGAAACCGCGGCGCCCCAUCAACCACAUGCCGACCUGAGCAUUGUCAACAGCAACUACACGGAAAAGGAAGCCAAUGAAGCCCACCUCCGUCACGAAGCCUACGAACGGUUCUUGCAACGAUACAUUCUUGCCGUCUUUUACUUCGCCUUGUCGAAUGAGAAUGCUAACUUUGAGGAACACUGGACGCACCACUUGAACUUUUUGACCGAUCAGAAUGAAUGCGCUUGGCACAAGGUGGAAACGGCCAACGAUGGAAAGCAAUACACUGUCGGUGUCGCCUGCAAUGAAAAAGGACUCGUCCAAGAUAUUUUCAUCCCCAACAACAACCUGCAAGGCGCCAUUCCCUCCGAAAUACGAUUCUUGCGUCACUUGGAGCUCCUUUCGCUUCGUCACAACACCAUCAGCGGAACCAUUCCCGCGGAUAUUGGACACUUGUACGCCAGUCUCCAGUAUCUGGAUCUUUCCAAAAACGCAUUGACGGGAAGCAUCCCUCCCAAUGUCUUGGGUCGUCUUCAUGGGCUCAAGGUCCUGGGAUUGUCGUCCAACUUGCUCGAGGGAACGCUCCCCAUGGCUGACUUUACCUCCUUGACACACUUGAAGACUUUGGAUUUGGGAUACAACCAAUUCACGGGAACGGUCAAGAAGUCAUUGUUCGAUUUGAAGGAUCUCGAGUUCCUCUACCUCGAGUACAACGAGUUUGAUGAUGUCAUGGAUUCCGAUUUCUUUAUCCAGCUCCACAAGCUCGAGGAAUUGACUUUGAACAACAACAAGUUCAAGUCCAUCGACACUCUUCCACUCCACCUACUUUCCCAUCCACAGCUGCGACUACUCGACCUUUCCAACAAUUUUUUGGAGGCGUCGCUUCCAUCGUCGUUCCUUGCCAGUGGCGGAAGUGUCGAGACCAGUCUAGAAUAUUUGAAUAUUCGUAACAACCAAAUGAAAGGAAGCAUUCCUUUGAACAUUCAAGAGCUAUCCAACCUCGAAUUAUUGGACUUGUCUCAGAAUGCCCUGACUGGAACAGUACCAGUGUCGCUAGGCAACAUGAAGGACCUGACACGCCUCCAUUUGGGAGAAAACAACUUUGCUGCCGGCAUGAUCCCUCCCACUCUGUUCACCAUUCUCAAUUUGAAGCACCUCAGCAUCCCCAUGUCGGGGCUGACAGGCCAGAUCCCGACUUGGUUUCCCAUGCUGUCCCACUUGGAGUAUCUGGACUUGACCGGAAAUCGUCUAACGGGAUCCAUUCCCAGCGACAUGUUCGCGAUGCCAAAACUAAAGACUCUUUUGCUCGGAUCCAACAUGCUGAAUUCCACAUUGCCUCCAGCCUUUCCCCAAUCGCAGCUCGAAAUCUUGGCUGUAGACAACAACGCCGUCAUCGGACACGCCGCCGACAUCUGCGAGAACGCUGCCAACCUUCACACUUUCACCUAUGGCUGCGCACAAGUCGUCUGCCACGGUGCCUGCUGCCAUUCCGAGUGCUGCAGCCCUGAUGCAGUUCAGAAUGAUCGUUCCGACGAAUGCUUUGGUUCUUUGCUCUCCACCUCCUUGCAAACGUUGUACGAAGAGGAGACCCACAGCUACCAAGCAAACCGCACGAUCCUCAGCUUCUCCCCUAACCUGAUCCUCCGUGACCACACCUUGUAAGCGGGUCCUUACUUUUUUCGUUUGUGGCUGUUCCUGCAUGCAGCCACCAAAACUCCAGUUCUGAAAUAUGUUUACUACACUACACUCUAAAGAAUGCAUAUAAAGCUGCAUGUUACCUCCAACGCUACUAGAAACUAAUAGCGUAGUGGAAAUACCUUUCCACCGUUUGCCAUGGUGGUGCUUUGCGGAUACGGUGCCGGAAGUAGGCAUGUCCUCAGCAUUGCACCUGCUGCCUCUCGCAGACUCGAGUCAUUGCUUCGGCAGCCACUUGUCUUGUACUGGUAGGCUAGAGCCACUAGGGUGAGGAUAGAGGCCCUUCAAACCCAGAGCACAGCAAGAGUGAAGCUUGAGUUGAAAGACAAACAAGGUGAGCAUUCCACGUUCGGCUCGACCGGCGAAAACAUUGCGGGGUGGGGUCCCUGAGAGCUGCGCCCCCACGAUCCUCCAACGACGGGGAAUGUUGGCUCCGUAGUCUGAAGACCUCAACCACCCGCCGCAAAAGGACCUGGCUACAACUAGCCGGUGGUACACGUACAGCAAGAGACAUGAGUACACGGUAGUAGUGCCUUCAACCCAAAAGUGACUUC